UUGAGAUUUUUCGUCCCUAAUUGCAAUACUUGCGUGCGAGAGUUUAUCCACGUAACAGAUAAACACUCUUCACCCAAUAUCCAUUCCUCCAUAAUAAAAAAAAAAAAAUCAAAGUAAAUCUAAAAAAAAAGAAAAUCUAACAUGGCGGCAGAAGCUUUAACCUGCAAAGACAUCCUCCGUACGAUAUUCGAAAAACUUCCUGCGAUAGAUAUCGGACGGUCGGCAUGCGUAUGCAAGAUAUGGUGUUCCGUGGUUGCUUCUGGGAAUAGAGAUAUAUAUAACAAGGCUUUUAUUGGUCCAUGGAAAUUAAAGGCAUUGAUUGGGAAUCCCACUUCUGGUAGCUUCUGGAGACACAAUAAAACCUUGAAUCGCUUUGCGAUUUCGCAUCGCCUGCUUCCCGGUGACUCCCUUGCCAGUCUUGCUCUCAAAUAUUCCGUUCAGGUUACAGACAUAAAGCGCCUAAACAACAUGAUGAGUGACCAUGGAAUACACUCGAGGGAUAGAUUGUUGAUUCCUGUGACCACACCAGAUGUACUCGUGGAUGGCACCUGCUACAUAGAAUUGGAUGCUCAUGCCAAGAGGGAAGUUGCAGUACUGUAUCUGGAUGGUGCACCCAUAGCUCGUGCUUUGAACAAGGUGACGUCUGAGCAUGGAAAGAGAAGGAUCCUUGACUCUUUGAGGAGAAGCAUGCAUGUUGAUGAUGUAACUGCUCAAUACUACUUAUCUUUAUCAAAUGGUGAUCCCCGAGGUGCACUCAUGGAAUUUUCAGAGGAUAUAAGGUGGGAGAGACAGAUGCAUUUGGCGUAAUCCAGUCAUAUACUUGGCAAAAUAUGCAUAAAGGGAAUGUUGCAUUAUCAGGCCUUUUUAAUGCGAGCUAAUUGCACAAUUAUGCAAGCAGCUUUGUCCAAUUUCUGGUUUGUCUAAUAAGCUUUGUCCCAGUUACUUGUAUAAACUUCCAAAUAUGUAUAUGGGCUAAUUAAGGUGAUAUAAACCAUCCUGUGAAAUACUUUUGUGGCUCUGGUCAAAGUAUACCAGAAGCUGCUAACACUGUAGUGAUAUUAAGAUCAUCAAAUCGUUUAAAGUGUGUGUUUAUAUACAGGUCUAUUCGAAUUA